CAGAACUUAUGACAAAUAUGGAAGAAGAAGAAAGAGGUUGGGAUUCAAUUAGCAUUUGAUUCAUUUUAGUGCAAAUGUUCUACAGUUACUAACAUCAGCUGGGGCCUGAUCAAUUAACUGACUGCUUCUUUAACUGGAUGCUCACUUCCUUAUUUAUCCGUGUUGUUUUGGUUCACACAUUUAUGAUACUGCAGUUUUUUACUGUAAAAAAUCAGCAUGAAGACACAAAAUCCUGAACAGAGAAAAGAGGAAAUUUAAACUGUCACAUGACUUCUAUAGUCAUGUCAUCAUAGAGACAUGAACAACUGGAAGGAAAGUACUUCCUCCUGACGGAGUAUAGUGGACAGUCAUUAUCUGACUAGAAAUGGAAGGGAUCAUUCAUGGUUCCUCUCACAAACUGUCAUGGUCGGUUUGGUGAGUUGUGCCAGGGUGAAAUCACGAAUGGUAUUUUAUUAAGAGGUCAGUUUGCUUUUAUCAGAUUACAGGGAUCUGCUUUUAUUUAUGAAUGAUCCAAUCCAGUGUGUAAAGGUGUUGUAUUGUGUGUACAGAUUGUGACUGAAAACUUAUUCAGUGUUUGUGCGAUACUGAGACGAGCUGUGUAGCUAAAUUUACGCCAGCACACUCACUGAAGCUAUUUCCAGAUUUCCCCGUUGAGCCAGUGAAGCCCAGCUAAAUCUGUAUCCGCUGAGGUGGAUUGAGUUACAAGAGGGGCACAUGUUACUGGCACAUGUGCCAGCGUGGAGACAGUGUCCACGAUUUCACCAUCUCAGCAACUGACAAUUCAAACUCAACCAGAUGGUGAUAGUAGAUGUGUUGAUAAUCGGGGGUGGCCCUCAUGCCUUGACUUUGGCGAGCUUGCUGUCCAGUCCUGACCCUGACCCAAACUCAGACCCUGGACAUGACUCGCCGCUCUCCCCCUCCUGGUCGGACCCUCCGAGGCCUCCGCCACACCCGGGAAUGUCCAACUACAGAUGCUGCGGCGGUGGCAAGAAGAAGAAGAGGGCAACAUCUGGAAUGACGCUGGAGGAGCAACCAGCAAAGUCAACUGUAUCAGAGAGGGCGGUUCGCCCCCCGCUGAGUCUCCGGGUGGUGGAUUCGUAUGGAGAGUGGACCGCUCUGUGGGAGAGUCAGUUCACAGCUCUGAGCAUCCCUCAUCUGCGCUCACACACACUGGUGCACACAGACCCACUCAGUCAGAAAGCACUGCAGGAGUUUGUUCUGAAGUGCGACCGUUCAGUGGAGCUUCACAGUCUGCCAGACCAGGUUUAUAUUCUGGAUGAGUACGCUUUUUUCAAUGACAUGCGUCUCGGCAAGAAGGAGAAGAAACGACUAAACGUCACCUCGACACUUAAAAAGAGUUUAUCCUUCAGUCUCCCGGGAACAAAACUGAGUGUGGACUUCUUCAAAGAUCAGGUGGAGAGAUACAACUUGGGCAACGUGCUGGUGAAGGGAACAGUGGAGCACAUCAUCCCCGUCGUUGAGCGCGAGGAUGAAGAGAAUGACCGUACGAAGGAGAGGGACACAGAGGGCGAGGCCACGAGAGCGACUGAGAGGAUGCGGGAUGGGGGAAGGAGGAGAUUGAAACAUUUUCAAGUCCACCUUCACGGAGGCAUCGUCCUGAAAGCUCACCGGGUCAUUAUGGCAACGGGACCAACCCGUGCCCAGAUGGCAAACAUCCCUUCAUGGGUGAAAAACGUUGGAGAGAGUUACCCAGAGGAGCGUUUGCAGCACACGGUGCACCUCAUGCACUCUCUGCCAAGAUCUAAGCAAGAACACGACCAGAGAGAUACUUUUCCCUCUCAAGAACUGUGUGUAGUGUGUCAGAGAGGGCAGAGAGUAAUGGUAGUUGGUGGCGGUCUGACCAGCGCUCAUGUCAUCUCAAUUGCCCUGCAGCAAGGUGCCAGCCAUGUGACAUGGGUCAUGAGGAAGUACCUCCAGUUAAAACAGUUCGACGUGGGCGACGUGGAGAGCCUGGUGGGUCGUUACUCCCACGUGGAGCACGGCAUCAAGAUGGACGGCCAAGCCUACCUUCGGCAAUUCUACAAUGAGCGGAGCCUUCACAAGCGGCUGGCUAUGAUUCGCCAGGCGAGAAAGGGAGGGGCCGUCACCCCAGAGGCCUACAUCCAGCUGCAGCCAUUCAUACGGAGUGGACAGGUGGACGUGAAGACAUACUGUCAGGUGAGUGAGGCCAGCUGGUGCUACAGGAGCCAGGCCUGGAGUCUUUCCCUCAGCACUGGGGCCCACUGGACCGGAGACAUGAUCUGGCUCGCCACCGGCUGCAAACUGGAUGUGAAACAGGACCCGUUGCUCUCUGAGGUGAUAAAGGAAUUUCCAAUUCAGGUGAUAGACGGAUGGCCGUGCAUAUCGGAAAGCUUACAGUGGGCAGAAGGGUGCCCGCUCUAUCUGAUGGGACAGUACACUGCUCUUCAGGUUGGACCUCAUGCAGUGAACCUGGCCGGUGGACAGGCUGCCAGCAUGCGAAUCGCCAAGGACAUCCGCCGGCAGCAGCCCAGUGGAGAUGCCUCUGACCCGAGUGGGGAGAAAUCUAAAACUGAAGAAUAUAUUCAACAGAUGCGAGGCCUGUUAUGGCUUUGACUUCACCAUUUAACCUUGAGGGAAGUCAGAUGAACGUGUGUGUGAGCGGUUUCUUUAAUAUACUCGUCAAAUAUACUAUACCUUGAUUAAAUGCUGUGAAACUUCUUUUUCUUUUUCCCCCAUCCAUAAUCAGUGUUUUUUUAAUCAUUAAUUACUAGCAUAAUUGCAAAUAAAUGGCUGAAUAAA